AUCUAGCGCGCCUGGGCGAUUGAAAAACACUCAAAAAGCUUCCCAGACACUCUUCGCAUUCGAUCCCCAAGACCCACACUCGUCGCUCCUACUGCAUUCUUUUCUCUCGUCUACAUCGAUUUCAGCGAUAUGGAAGAAAAUGCACAAAAGUCUCCACAGAUAGCUUAUCCUGCAGAAAUUGCUGAUGCAAAGUACAUUGCAAGACUUAGUACUAUUCUUGUUGCCACAAUCGAGGAAGCAAAAGACAGGAUUUCUCAGAUAGAGUAUAUAUUCUGCAGUCAACUCUUCCCAAAUUUCCAGUCAAACUCUAAAUGCUUGCAGCAAAUUUUUAUGGAAGCAAAGAAUGCUGCUGAAGCUGCAUGGAAAGAAAAGGAAAAUGACCUUUUGCUACAAAUGGAAAAGAUCCAGGUUGCAAAGCAGCAGAUUCUUGAAGAAAAUCUGUCUCUGAAGUUGGAGAAUGCAAAACUCUUGGAUGGUGAAUUUUUGUGGAAAAAACAAAUCAAAGAGCUUCAAGAAGAUAUAGAGCACAGAACUUGUGAACUAAAUGAGUUAAGGGAAGUGCAUGAACAGUUAAGUAAGCUUCUUGAAUCAAAAGCUUCACUGAUCCGGAAAUAUGAGGACACACAGAAAGAACUUGAACAUAAAAAUGUUCUCCUUUCGAAGACUCAACAAAAUCUGGAGUUUGAAGUUCAGAGAUUACAGAUGGAAGUCAAUAACAAAUCUAGAGAAAUUGAUGGAGAUUUGGAAUUGCAACGUAAGCUAGUCCAGAUGGCUCAAGAGAAAACUUCUUCAGUAGCAUACAAAGAAAGACAACUGAAGAAAUAUGAAGAGAAGACAGAAAAGCUUCUUUCUGAACUUCAAGAAGCACAGAGAAACGUUGAGAAGCUUCAAGAGGAACUGAGGGAAAAGAGCACUGCAAUAGAAAAAGCAAUGGAGGUACAAGAAAAUUUAUUAAAUAAAGUUCAAUCCAAGGACCUGGAGCUAAUGAAUAAUGAACAAUUGUUGAGUAAAUUUCAGAGUGAGAAAGAACUACUUAUGGCAAAAAUGAAGAAUUUGGAAGUUCAUGUUGAUGAGCUUCAGAUAGAACUAAGGAAGAAAAAUGUUGAUGUGGAGGAGGGAAGGAAAUUACAUGAAGGGUUGCUCCAACAGAUUGAUUUGUACUGUCUAGAAAGAUCAAAGACAGGGCAGGAGUUAGAAGAGCUUGAGAAGGAGAAGAAACAACUGCUAGCGAAACUCCAAGUGAAUCUGCAAGCGAGAAGCACUGAAUCUUCUCAGGCAUUGGCGUUUGAUGGAAAGUUACUUGAGCAAAUUGAAGCAAAAGACUCAGAGCUGUUGUCCGCAAAGAAGAAAAUAAAGGAUAUCAGUAAUGCUUAUAAGAGUUUGAAAUCUCAGUACAAUUUUCUACGUGCAAGAGCAGGUCUUACUUCAGAUAAUGUGAAAACCAAAAUCAAACUGGAAGAUGAAAGUAAAUUGAGGCAUAACCAAAGUCCGCUAACUAAAGACGGUGUUGAGACUGAUGUUCCAAGAGCUACUAUUAUUUCCUGUGAAGAGCCAAAGCAGGACAAUGUCCUUGAAGAAACAGGAAAUAAUGAAGUUGUCAAAUUGGCUCAAAGAUCAAAUUCUGUCUCACCUCUUAUUGCAAACACUUCUAUUGCCCUUAAAGAUCCCCAGUAUGUGAAAUCUUGCCUACCAGCUGGCAGAAAGCGCAGUGGAUCUUAUUGGAGGGAUACCAGGUCCCAUCAGAGCCGAGUUGGACCAGAUCCUCAUGACGAUUUUCUAGAUACUCCCUUGGAGAAUGUUAGAAGAAAUACAGGAAAUGUCAUAAAGGAAGAUAUUUCAAAUCUUCCAAAGGCAGUUCCAAAAGACAUGGAUUCUGAAAACUCAGAUGAUGAAACACAGGACAUGAAUAUUGAUCGGGACCCUCAAAAACAGCAAAUUCCAUCUUCAAGGCCCAGUACAUCAGGGUUUAAAUACAUUGAACCUGUCAGAAAGAAAUCUGAAAGGGAAAAUUUAAAAGGGAUUGAAUGCAAGCAGUGCAAAAAGUUCUAUGACGCCGUGCUUCCUAGUGAAGGUAAUGACUUUGGUGCUAAUGCACAGAACUUGCGCUGUGAGCAUCAUGAUGGAGUAUCUAGGCAUCGAUAUAGGUAUGCACCUCCUUCAACUCCAGAAGGGUUUUGGAACCUAGGAUUUGAAUCAGAAAUGUAACUUCUUUUAGUUUGGAGAUUCAUUUUAAUUACUCACUGUUGAAUAGUGUACAAUUAAAAAAAUGAAAAAAAAUGUAGAAGAUAUAGCAUAGUUCCUGACUCCUGAGUUUUGCAUUUCAAAGUUUCUGUAUACUUCUUUGGCUGAAUAUUGAUCAACAAUUUUAUAAAAGAGGAUAUGGCACAGGUUCAACUUUUAUCUCA